UCCCCAACUGCUCGCGCAUCGCAGGAGACUCCCGACUUUAUGUGAGGUACACGAACCCCCGCAGGCAGUCGGGCAGUCAGGAGGCUCCAUCCCUCGGGUCAACAACAACAACAACCACCACCACCACCCAAAAAAAAAAGCCCCACGAAACGGCUGUCGGUCACUCUCUCGUUGUAUUUUCUCUCUCUCUCUCUCUCUCUCUCAAGUGGAAAAUGCCGGUGGGCAAACAGAGUUUGUUGAAGGAAGCGUCGCAUCAGAUCGUCGCCGGGGGGUCCGCUGGUCUUGUGGAAAUUUGCCUGAUGCAUCCCCUCGAUGUGGUGAAAACCAGGUUCCAAAUUCAGAGGGGGAAGAACGACCCAAACAGUUACAGGAGUCUUAGUCACUGCUUCCAAACAAUUUUACGUCAAGAAGGGAUUUUGGGCUAUUACAAGGGGAUCUUUCCUCCCAUCCUUGCUGAGACACCAAAAAGGGCAGUGAAGUUUUUUACCUUUGAACAAUAUAAGAAGAUAUUAAAUUAUACUUCUUUGCCAUCUAAUCUGAUUUUUACAAUUGCUGGAUUGGGAUCUGGACUCACAGAAGCAAUUGUUGUAAACCCUUUCGAGGUGGUUAAGGUCAGUUUACAGGCCCAACGGAAUGCAUUUUCUGAGCAACUAUCCACAUUUGCGUACGCACGAGAAAUUGUCCGCUCCCAGGGCUUCGGACUGCAAGGCCUCAACAAGGGGCUGACAGCAACAUUGGGUCGACAUGGCGUGUUCAACAUGAUCUACUUUGGAUUUUACUUCAAUGUGAAAAAUAUUAUUCCUGCAGAGGAGGACCCAGUCUUGGAGUUCUUGAGGAAAGUUGGAAUUGGAUUACUGUCGGGAACAAUUGCCUCUUGUGUUAACAUACCUUUCGAUGUGGCUAAAAGCAGAAUCCAAGGGCCACAGCCUAUUCUAGGAGAGAUUAAAUAUAGGACAUGUUUCAGCACCAUGAACACUAUCUAUAGAGAAGAAGGGUUCUUUGCAUUGUAUAAAGGCUUGGUGCCUAAAAUCAUGCGACUUGGGCCAGGAGGUGCAGUUAUGCUGUUGGUUUAUGAAUAUUCACUUGCCUGGCUUCAUGAGAACUAUUGAUUUAAACUGAACAAGGUGCCUUUGAAACAGUUGCAUUUUCUUACUGAAUAUCAUGUAUCACUUAACCUGGGUGCACAUGCAGAAUGUUUACGUUUUCUACACUUUGUCAGAGGACAGUCACAGAUGUAACUUCAAACCAAAUAAAAUGUUAUAAUAAGUAA